AUGGCAGACUCACACGUGCCAACACCGAGAGAAAGUCAAACAGAAAUUCUAACAAAAGUGCCGGACGUUCAAACAUCGACACCGAUCACAGAUGCAUCAAUUUCGGAAAAAGUCGAUCUAUCGAACGUAUUGAAAGAAGAUGAAAUCUUAAAUUCAAUGGCAUCACAUGUGGAUGAAAAUAACGAAAACGAAGCUGUUGCACCACUUGUUGCUUCGUUUGCCGGUGAUUCAACUGAACAUCGAACAACAAAUACGGAAACAUUAAUGCAUUUGCUUAAAGGUAAUAUUGGUGCUGGCAUUCUUGCUUUUCCUUAUGCAUUGUCAAAAGCUGGGCUAGUUUUUGGUUCCGUCGCUUUUUGGAUAAUGGGUGCUGUGACGCUCUAUUGCAUGCAUCAACUACUACGUUGUCAUGAACAUUAUCGACAUCACACGGCACGAACAAAAUGUGAUUUUGGUGAUAUAAUGCGAUAUACGCUAGAAACGUGUCGAUGGCGAGUUGCACAACGUUAUGCUAAGUUGGGAAAAUUCGUUAUUGAUGGUUUUAUUGUCUUGAUUCAACUCGGUUUUUGCUGUGUAUAUUUCGUAUUCGUUCCAGCAAGUAUCAAACAAGUCGUCGAUUAUUAUACUCCGAACAGUCCAGCAAUACAAAUCUAUCAAUUGAUAAUGCUCGUGCUUGUCAUUGGAUUCUCAAUGAUUCGAAGCUUAAAAGUUCUUGCACCAUUCUCGCUUGCUGCUAAUGUGAUUAGUCUUGCAGGUUUGUGUAUAAUUAUGCAAUAUGUGAUACGUUCACAUCUUCCAUUGGACACGUUACCGAAAAUAACACAACCGACAGAGUGGCCUGUUUUCUUCGCAUCAGCAAUGUAUGUAUUCGAAGGUAUUGCUCUGGUUUUACCAGUGCGACAGAAGAUGAAAGAACCCGAAGCAUAUGGUGGUUUUAAUGGCGUAUUAAAUACAGGAAUGUAUCUCGUAACUAUCUUGUACUUUUUCGUUGGAUUUUUCGGUUAUAUUCGAUAUGGUUCGGACGCGCGUGGAUCGAUUAGUUUAAAUCUGCCCAAUGAUAACAAAUUGUAUCAAUUCACUAAAAUUAUGUACGCUGUUGCUAUCUUUUUAACAUACAAUCUUCAAUUUUAUGUUCCAUUUACACUUCUCUGGCCACGAAUUUGCCGAAAAGUUCUCUACAGAUACAAUGAACGAACUAAAGCAAAGUUUGAACAUGUAUUUCGUAUUGGAUUGAUUGUUGUCACCUUUGCUGUCGCUGCAUUGAUACCUAAUCUCGGUCUUGUGAUUUCAUUAGUUGGUGCCGUCGCUUCAACUGCACUGUCAGUUAUAUUUCCUCCCAUAUGUGAAACAAUCACAUUCUGGCCUAAUAAACUCGGUCGAUUCAAAUGGCAAUUAAUUUUCAAUAUCUGUAUCAUUCUAUUUGGCUUUUAUGUUUUUAUUGCCGGUACAUCAUUGAGUAUAUCGAAUAUCAUUGCCUGUAUCCGUGAAGGUGCUCGAUGCGAUGACUGA